GCAGAGCUGUGAGGCAGACGGCAUGCUUGCGGCUUGCAGUACCACUCCGCUGGCACUCUCUAUGUAGUUGCAACUGCUUACUCUCGCCUCAGACACACACACUUGCGCGACACACACGCACACACUCAGCAUCGAGCUUCAUCUCAUCAGGACCUUUUGCUUCCUUUCUUCAGGGGUUUACUUUACAGGUGAAGACCCUAAGUAGACAAGCAAUUUUUUUUUUUCCCUUUUGGACUUUUUGGUAACUUUUUUCCCCCCAAAAACUUUUCUUAGAGUCGUUUGCCGAUCUCUACACCCGCCCCGCCUCCUGGGGGGCGUCGCCCGCACGGCUGCAUGCAUGACACAGCGCCGAGGCGAAAAGCCCACCAUCAGCAUCCAGGAGCACAUGGCUAUUGACGUGUGCCCGGGCCCCAUCCAGCCCAUCAAGCAGAUCUCUGACUAUUUCCCCCGCUACCCGCGGGGUUUUCCUCCCACAGCUGCCCCGGUUCUGAGGCGCGCCGGCUCGCUGCGCUCUUCCUCUUCAUCUUCAUCCUCCACCCCGGCCGCCGCGUCCUCGUCAGUCGAAACGGGACGAGAAAAAGACGAGGAUGACGAUCUGGACCGGGCCUUCAGUGCCGCCUCUGCCUCUGCCUCCGCCCUGCCUCCGCCCAGCAAGAAGGAGGAAGAGCCUGAUAUGGAGGGCUAUGACUCGGACGACUCCACCACGCUUGGCACUCUGGACUUCAGCCUGCUGUACGAUCAAGAGAACAACGCUCUGCACUGCACCAUCAAUAAAGCAAAGGGACUCAAACCCAUGGAUCACAACGGGCUGUCAGAUCCCUAUGUUAAACUGCACCUGCUACCUGGAGCCAGCAAAGCCAAUAAGCUCCGAACCAAGACUCUGCAUAACACCCUGAACCCCAUCUGGAGCGAGACGCUGACCUACUACGGCAUCACCGAUGAGGACAUGGUCCGCAAAACACUCAGGAUUUCCGUGUGUGACGAGGACAAAUUCCGGCACAAUGAAUUCAUCGGCGAGACUCGCAUCCCCCUGAAAAAGCUCAAGCCUAACCAGACCAAGAACUUCUACAACUGCCUGGAGAAGCAGCUGCCUAUCGAUAAAACAGACGAUAAGUCUCUGGAGGAGCGUGGGCGCAUCAUGAUCUCUCUAAAGUACAGCUCGCAGAAGUGUGGCCUGGUGGUGGGCAUCAUCCGCUGCGCACACCUUGCUGCCAUGGACGCAAACGGCUUCUCCGACCCUUAUGUUAAAACAUACUUGAAGCCAGACGAGAACAAAAAGUCAAAACACAAGACUGCUGUCAAGAAGAAGACCCUUAAUCCAGAGUUUAAUGAGGAGUUCUUUUAUGAGAUCAAGUAUACAGAACUGAGCAAGAAAACCCUUGAGGUGACCGUUUGGGAUUAUGAUAUUGGCAAAUCCAAUGAUUUCAUAGGUGGAGUGUCUCUUGGCAUUAACGCCAACGGCGAGCGCCUGAAACACUGGUUUGACUGUCUCAAAAACAAGGACAAGAAAAUCGAGCGCUGGCACACACUCACUAAUGAACUCCCUGGUUCAGGCUUCAAUGACUGACGACUGAGACGCCAGCAUCUGUUUGCUCUCCUGCAAGAACCUGACGCUUGGCCUUUAACCGUCACCUCCAACAUUACAGUCCAGAGAUGGGUACCAAAGUGACCUCUUUUGCCGUAAUCCCAGAAUCUACCCCUAUAUGUACUUCCCGUUGUGUCAACUUUACUGUUCGAUGUGGCUUUUGAGCUUCUUGGGCCAGCUUGUGUUGAUAUGAAGAGGUGUUUCUCCCUGGCGAAUAGCAGGGCGUUGUGUACAAACGUUUCAGUACUGUUCAACUUGCUGUUCUCUCUGCUCUUUUUACGAUCCGCUCUGAUGUUUUAGUACAGUACGUAUUCGAGAAUCUUGUUUACACGAGCUGCCGAUGGAGGUUCGGGUGAAUCGCUCGAUCAGAUGGAUCGUUAGACCAAAAAAAGAUUUUGGAAGGCAGUAUUGGUGGAAAAAAGCGUUGAUUGUUUACAUCUAGAAUCCGGUGUAUAAAUUGAAUGCCUGACCAAAAUGGCAAAAAAAAAAAUAUAAUAAUAAUUAUAUCCUUGUUCUAGAUCUCCAUUUGGCUGUUCUGUUUUUAUUUCUGUUUUUUAGUAGUAUUAUUUUUAUUAUUAUUAACUUUAGGACCCAGUGUUGGUGCAGAUUAACAAAUGUGUUUUAUUCAGCCAGACCAUCAAGAAUGUGUGAUGUUGAAAAAGCGAUGGACCAACAUCUAUCCUGUUUACAUGUAAAAUGCCUCCAAGCAGAAAUCCUGUUCCAAGUGAACGAUUGUAGCUUUGCACCCUCCUCUAGUCAUUCUGGUGAUUUACAGUAACGUUGGUCUAGAUGUCAUUGAGGUCUGUAUUGAAUGAGCCACGUUCAGUACAGUGCUAAGGGUUAAAAAAUAUACAUAUUAAAUUAGGAUUGAUCUCAUCUAUUUUUUUAAUGUCAUUUCAUUCAUUCAUCCACUAAAGAGAUCUUCUGGCACAAUGUCAAAACAUAUUUAGCAUGCAUUCAGUGGUUUUUCUCAGUACUGGACUUUUAAUACGUAUUUAUUUUCAGUGUUUAUUUUUCAGGCUAGUAUUUAUAUAUAUCUAUUGCUAUCUGUUUUUUUGUGUAGUGCAUUUUAAAUUGAUGUGGACGUCCACUUUCGAGUAGUUUUAGAGCUGUAGGAAUGUCGGUAUCUUCAUAUGGCCAGGCAUGUGUAACUGAGGACUGCUGCAGCAAAUCUUCUAUCAAAGCGCUCAGUGCAACAGCCAGACUUGUGACAUCUUUUGUAAUCUGUUGCCUUUGUAUUCAAAGCUCUAUGACGUGACAGAAAAAAUAAAUAAAUAAUCAAAUAACAAUGCAUGCCGUGUUCUUAAAUGGUCCUCGAACUGAUUUUGCUUAACGCCCUUUGAUGGACUUUGCUUAACGUUUGAUACUCUUCUGUAAAAGCAAAAUCAUCAAAAGAUCACUGAAUGUCUGUUUUUUCUUCUUGGACAUUUUUUGGUACCCUGUCUCAUUGCCUGUCCGGCUCCUCUGUCAUUUCGAUAAUAUGAUCGCAUGUAAAGGCUGGGGGGUGGGGGGGUGUUGGGGGGGGAAGGAUCAUGUCUUGUUCUGUUUCCCUUUUUUCCCUAAUCUCAGGCGAUUGUUUGCAAUUUGAGUGGAAUGAAAUUUCUAUGUUCCUACUUCUUGUUCAUCACCUCUUGCACCGAAUGGCAGAGUUUAUCGUGCCUUUUCUUUUCUAACAGUCUUUUUUUUUCUUUUUCUUUUUUUUUUGCACCGCUCACUUUACAACAAUUCCUAAGGCGGAUAUUAGCUUUUAAUAUGAAAACUAUAUGAUAACGUUCGGCAUAUUUCUAUUGUGUCCGUGUCGGAAUAUUCUAUCACUCGAAAUAUUAUCACUCAGUGAGAUGUCUGUGUGUCCUUACACUGGGUUACUGGGUUUAAGUGGGGGGGGGGGAACACAUUUAAAGCAUGAAACUACACAUUCUGGUUUCUACACUUUUCUUUUCUCUUUCUCUUUGGGUUAGAACUAGUUAUAGAAACCCUAACCACACUAGACAUUCUCUAAAAACUCUUGGCUCCUUAUUCAGUGAAUUCUUAAAUAAAAGAUAUAAUUUUUAAGACUUCAACUUUGCUUUAAUGCUUUUUUAAUAUUAAAUUAAAAUCUACCAGAAACCAGAAUAUGAUAUUUUCUUUAUGUCCGUUUAAAAAAGGGGGAAAAAAGGUUCAAGUAUUAUAUCUUGCGUGUUUUAUACUCUGGCGAAAAAUGUGUUAUUUGUAUAUGUUCUGAUUUGAAAAACAUGUCUAAUAAAGUAGAGAACCAACCUAGAA